AUGCCAAAUCCGAGAUCAGCCCGAAGCAGUCAGCGGUCUGUUCUCGCUUGCACUAAUUGCUCUCGUCGCAAGGUCAAAUGCUCCAAGACUAUUCCCUGCACUGCAUGCGUGCGCCAGAACAAAGCUGCGCAAUGUCAGCGAGAGCCUGUCACUGUUGUUUCGAGGCGUUCGGUAGGGCGUUCCAGGGCCUCGACAGCACUGGACGACCCGCCUGUACCUGUCCCUGAAGCGGCCAGCCUCGCGACAGUGUCGCCAACUGCAAUCGAUGAGGUACCCGCCAGUACUACUGUUGACCCUGCAGCUGGUAGCACUGCUACAAUUAGCAAUGAUCCCCUACCGCAAAUUGAUGAGCGAAUGAUUGAACAGCUUUUAGCUUCGCUAUCCACGCCCGACCCAAGGUUGACCAACGAAGCUGCUGCCAUGCUGGAGUUUCUUACCCACGGUCGGCGCAAUAUCCUUAACCAAUUCAUUGGAAGAGAGUCUAUUUCUACCUCCGCGAUGCAGCCUGUCCAAAAGUGGGAUACGUUCUUACCUGUCGAGGAUGCUCGAUCAAUGCUGGUGCUUCAUGGGAAGCAUCUGAUCUGGAUGCAUAAUACGGUUCAUAUGCCGACGUUUCUGCGCGAGUUUGAUGAGAACAUUCUCCAAAUUGAAUGUGAUAGAAAUUGGAUAGCCCUUUAUUACGCUCUUCUCUCCCAAACGCUCUACCAUCUCGACAGCGACUACCUGUCAUCUUUACCGCAGCCAAUAACAGUCAUCCAAGUUGACAGUAACGCGUCGCGUAUUCUGUUUGACAAGAGCAGAGAUAUGCUGCAUCAAGUAGAGUUCAUGGAUAAGCAUAAGCUGACCUCGGUUCAAGCAAUCUGCUUGCUGGUUCAAGUUGCUCACAAUUUUGACAAGUCUGACCUCAUAUGUGUUCUCAUAUCUGCAGCUAUCCGCAUCGCUCAAUGUCUAAACCUGCAUCGGCUGGGUUAUGAUGACCCUGGUGCCAGUGUGAUCGAGGCCAUCGACCGCGAAGUGCGAAAGCGAGUGUGGUGGUUUCUCGUGCGGUACGACUGGCUACAGAUCCCGUUCCAAAACACCUGCCAGAUUCACUAUUCACAGUUCAACACCCCGAUGCCCGCUAACUGUCAUGAUGAUGCGCAACGCAUGAUAAAAGAUGGCAGAAUUGACGUGCAGCCUGCUGAGAUCAGUACCAUUAUUACCUGGACUAAUUGCCUUGCCCAAAUGUCUGUUGUUAUGUGGAGACAUCAUGAUCGCAUGCUAAGAGUCGACACGCAGAAUGAUGAUAUUGAUAGAAGAUAUGAUGAAGUCACACGAACCGAUGAGGAGGUCAAGAGCUUAUAUCUCUCAUGGUCUGGCACGCUACGUGAUGUUAAUAAUACGCUAAGCGAUAGUCCAUCGACCGAUGGUCUGCCUACGAGCUUAAUGCCAGCAAUGCUUCUUAUGAGUAUUGCUCAGAAGGUAGUAAUGAUUAGCGAUAUAACUGUAUUCAUGACUGAUGGAUUUGGCAGAUCUUUACCAUUCAUCGCCAAUUCCAACUGUCGUGUUUUCGCGACAGGCGAUAUGCAUUUUCUCAGGCAAGUGCUCUCAAUUAACUCUGGACCUCUCACUUACCCGCAACAGCUGUCGUGUGUAACGAUAGCUGAACGAAGCAUCGAAGCAUUCCAGCGAUGGCCCGAUUGUCUGGAGGCAGGCAUCUGUCGCAGGAUGUGGACUACGCUCUCGUACAUGAUCAGCUGCUCAAUCACCCUUCUCUUCGCUUUGCUCUUCAAGACCCAGAAUGCCCUCACGCAUGAUUGGGAGAAGCUACGCGCUUAUGUCGAGUUUGGGAAGAACUUUCUGAGCAAGGAAGCACAGGGAAGCUCAAUCGCUAGGAGAGGAGUCCGAUUACUCAGCGCGUUGAUGGAUCUCGAGCGCACAUCGGGUUUCUCAUCGGACAUUGAAGCGGACAUCGGAGAUACUAUACGUCGCGUCGCGUUAGCUGACGGCGACGGUGUUGAAGCGAAUACUGGUGAAGGGUAUCAAAUGGUCUUUCCGUAUGGGCAAGAUCUUUGGGAAAGCUUGAUGAGGGACCCUACUGAGUUUGCGAACUGA